UAUAAUCUCACACUCCCGUGGGUUUGAGGCCAGGAUACUGGCCACUGUGAUGUAAGAGGCUGCUCGAGGCAGUGCAGAGGAGAGCAACGAGGCUGAUCUCCAUAUUUGUGAAGUCCCCAGCAUUUUACAAAUGUGAUUUUGCUGUUGUUGUAAUAGAGAAAUGAGCUGUGAGCAAUGAUUAUACAAGCAGCUGGGGCUCUUCGGUCUAGAGAGAAGACAACACAGAGGGAACAGUAGAGGGAGUUUCCCAGGUGACCGGGACCGCUAUGACAUCCCAGAGGAAAAUCUCGGAUUGUGAGCUGCCUGUAACCGGGAACACGCAGACCCCGGGGGACAUGGACUCCGGCACCGACAGCCCCCCGCCUGGGGGCAGCACACAGCCCAGCACAGGGGGAACGCUCAUCGAGAGGAAGCCGGUGGCCAUGGGGAGCCAGUGUGAGGGUAAGGUGCCUCUGGAUGUUUGGCCUUUGCCGGGGUCCGGGCCGGGCUCGGAGCUGGAGGCCGCGGGAGCCAUGAGCCAGGAAAUGCUGAGGAACGCCUACCACCUGUCCCGCCUGCGCAGCUCCUCCCUGGAGAUCAGAGAGAAGGGCAGCGAGCGGCUCCGAGAGGAGCUGGCCAAGGCCCAGAGCGAGCUGAAGCUGAAGGAUGAGGAGUGCGAGAAACUGUCCAAGGUUCGGGAACAACUGGAGCAGGAGCUGGAGGAGCUGACGGCCAGUCUCUUUGAGGAAGCGCAUAAGAUGGUGCGAGAAGCGAAUACAAAACAGGUCGUGGCUGAGAAACAGUUGAGAGAGGCCCAGGGCAAGAUUGACGUGUUGUUGGCCGAGGUUAAUGCUCUGAAGACACUGGUGCUCACCUCCACCCCGUCCUCCCCCAACCGGGAGCUGCACCCUCAGCUCCAGCCGGUGGGGCGCCCCGUCUUCCGCAAGGGCCACGGGCGACACCGGAGCACGAGCAGUGCACUGCCCCCCGGCCCCCCCACCCCACUCCAGCCCGUUAGCAAGGAGAGUAGAGAGAUGGACGCUGUGUUGCUGGAGGAGUUCCAGUCGUGGCGGGAGGCCCCGAGCCUGGCCAGGGGCUGCCCUUUCCUGGAGAGAAUCUAUCGCGAGGACAUCACCCCCUGCCUGUCCUUCAGCAACCCCCAGCUGACGGAGGCUGUCCAGGCUGCGGUGGAGAUGAACACACUGAGUAUUGAGCCCCUCGUCAGCCCCUCUCUACAGGCGGCCACAGACUUAAGUGUGCUCUCAGCGGCCGCUCCCGAGCGUGCAAACACCGCCUCACGCUGGGCGACGCAGAGAAUUACUUAUCACCGCCGUUUGCAACUUCUUCACCUACAUCCGGUACAUCCAGCAAGGCCUGGUCCGUCAAGAAGUCGAGCAGAUGUUCUGGGAGGUGAUGAAGCUGAGGAAGGAGAUGGCUGUGGCCAAACUGGGCCACUUCACAGAGGAGGUUUAGAGAAUCUCUUGUCCCUUUCGCUGCCCGCCCCCCCCACCAACACAUUGCCAGCUUCCCUCCCCACAUAGUGUCAGCGCCCCCCACUACACACACACAUAGUGCCAGCCCCCACUAUACAC